AUGGCUCAAAGAUCUGAUAUGUGGGCGUACCUUCCGGCCUUGCUCGCCGCCGCCAGAGAUUUCACCACUCUGGGCUUGCACUGGCAGACUGCUGCCGCGGAUGCACAGUGCCCGAGCUUGCCCGCGAUCCCGGCCUGUCCUGAGCUGGUCUGCGCGACUGGGCCGACCUGCCCAGCGGCGCAAUGCGAGUGCGCGUGCCCGGUCCAGGAGCCGGGCUACUGGCUGCUGCUGGCGGGGGCUGGGGUGGCGACGGCCGCGGGGCUGGCCGGCCUGUGCCUGGGGGCGGGCGUGAGCUACGCGCUCGGCCGCAUCGCAUGCCCCCGGGCUGCGAGCCGAUCCGCCGUUGGCGCCGCCGCGCCAGCCGUGGGCGACGCCGUCUCGACCGAGGCGAGAGCGCUGCCGCGGGCGCUUGAUAUCAGAGAGCCGCAGACAGUCGUUCACUUUGAUGCGGAUCCAUUGCCUUGGCAUCACAGAGUUCUGCUUCAUCAUCUGGGUGAUGGCGCUUGGCUGUGCCUGACGCCAGACACGGAGAUCACCCGCCACGAUCUGAAUUCUCUUCGUCCUUAUGUCUUGGAUCGUGGCGCCCUCUUCCCCGCGUGGGCGUUGGCUGGACUGUACUCGUUCGACCCUGUGGGUCCAGGGGAGCUGGCCGAGAUGAAGCGCCAGGCGAGACAGCGAGCAGCGCUGCUCGGAGCUGGCGACGCGCUGGAGGAGGAGGCGCAGGUAUGGGUGAUCAGUGAUCCGCGUGAUGCUCGGUUCGGCGAAGUGCUGGAUGAGCAGGCGGUAGAGAACCCAGCCAGGCGUGUGCACUUGCGUCGGAUGGGUGUGAUCUCUCUGGACGGCACAGAGCGGACGAUCGUGAAGAUCGGUCGCGAAGAGCGGGGCGAUUGGAUGGGGGACCAGCGUGAGGGCGUUGUGGACAUCCGGCUGUUCGGGGACCACCGCUCGAAGUUGGGCCGUCGCGACGUCGACUUUCGUGACGCCGUCGAGAUGAUGGAGCAGGUUGAGCUGGCGGACAGUCCAGACAUCGGUCCUCGUGCGAUGGGUGAGUACUUGACGCGUGUUGCCGUCGGCACAGGAAACUUGACGGCCUACCAGGCUGAGUGGCCGAGGCUGAGCGGCGUCUUCGCGGGAGAAGCUCAGAACCAUGAGCAUCGUGUCCUUUUGGAGAUCAUUCGCCGCGCGAUCUGCCUCGACCAGCUGAAUGUUAAGAACCUCCACUGCAUGGAGGCGGCGGUGCGUCGGGCCAUGCAGAUUGAGAUGGUGGUGGCCAGGCAUCCUCGGCAUCCCGACUUCUCGGGGCUCGAGGAUAUCAUCUCAGGCCCGACGCAGUCGUCUGGAUCAGCAUCGGUGCCGAAGUACCUGGAGCACGUGGUUGCUCGCCAGAAGGACCGUGCGAACAUCCUGAAGCAGAUGCGAUGGCAUAAGGAAGAGCUGGAGCGGGUUCGACCUGGCAGCGACGACAAGGAUAAGCGACUGGAGUGCGAGGCCAGCCCAAGUGCGACUGGUGACUGGUGGCCUCGCGGCCAGUGGCUCCACAACGACCCCUUCCCGUUGCCCGUGGCGGAGGUCGAGGCGAGGCCCGUGGGGGCCCCGCGCUCUACCGCGCGGCGGUGGAGGGUCAGGUCUGAGAGGCAGCGGCGAGUUUCUGAAGCAGUUGAGAUGCUCAACUACCUCGCCGCCCCACGUGUGAAUUCAGGAUGCGACAAAGCUCGAAGUGUUAGGCCGCAUGGAGGUGCCCCGACAGCAGUGCAGCGCAGCGUGCUAGAGUCGGUCCAGGAGUGGGUCGGCUUCUUCGGGGGCCCUCCUUGCGAAGCGGUGGACGGCGAGAGGUCCCUCCGGGAGAUCCUCUUACCCACUGACCAGUACGAACUGGAGCCGCAGCAUUUGGCCAGCUACGACGUCACGCGCUUGCGGGUGUGCAAGGGGGACAUCCGCCCAGUGCCCGUGGCUGAGUUGCUGCCCGCCGAGGCGGCAGUUUUUUUGCGACACUUUCGAAGCCAAAUAGAGCUCACUGCGUCCGAGGCGGCAGAUCGGAUCCAGCAGGCUGGUGGACUUCCAGAGCCUUCCUGGGAUCCAGUGCUGCGAGGCGACGCUGAGCUGCGACGUGACUUUUUUCGCCGACUUGCUAAGAUCGGCAUCGUGGGCUUUCGGCGGGUCAUCGAGUUCCGCUGUGGCGCUUUCGUGCAUAAGAAGGACGGCGACAUUCGUUUCAUCUGCGAUGCGAGGGCGACUAACAUGUGUCAUCGCCCCCCGCCUCGGACAGCGUUGGGAGGGGCAGCUAGCCUCUCGGAGAUCGACCUGAGCAGCUAUGCGACGUCGCUCGGGGGCUCUGGUGGCGUGUGCGAGCCCCGCUUCUCCUGGGCCGAUGUCAAGGACUGCUUCUACCAGCUCGCCAACGAAGAGAUGGGCAGCUGGUUCGGGUUCGACUCGCCGCUGACCGUCGAGGAGUGGGACCUCGACCUCCAGCGGGUCUGGGACGACGAGGAGGUCGUCUCGCAUCACGUUCGACAAUCCUGUGUUGAUGGUGAUCGUCAGCUGCUUCGUGACAAGCGUCCUGCCCCACUGCUUCGGCCAGGCAAGCCGCUCGCCGCCGUGUGCGUGGGCAACUUCACGGGCGUCGGCGGCUCGGCGGCGGACGCCCGGGAGGGCGUGGAGGCCUUCCAUGGGCAGGCGGCCGAGGCUGGGCUGGGGCUGCACGCGGCCGAGGUCGCGGUGGAGGAGCUCGAGAGCCUGGGCCUGGUGCUGUUCAGUGCCGACCGCCGUGUGCGUCAGAAGCCGCGGCGGGUGUGGCGUUUCUACUUCGCCACGAAGGCGCUGCUGAGGCGUGGGCGGGCCAGCGGCGCCGAGCUCAGGACCUGGGCUGGGCGUGCCGUGUCGCUCCUCGGGCUUCAGCCGUGCCUCCUCUCCAUCCUGCAAGAGGUCUACCACUUCAUCGGCGACGGCAGUCGGCGACGCAUGGCUUUCCCAAAGCUGGUGCGGGGCGAGCUCCGCAUGGCAGCGAUCGCCGUCUUCCUGACCGAGGUGGGCCUGGGCGCCCCCCUGUCCGACGAGGUGCGCGUCUCUGACUCCUCGACGGGCGGCUUCUGCCUGAUGUACGGGAAGAAGCCGCUGCGGGCCGUGUGGGGCGCCUGUCGCUGGCGCGAGCGCUGGCGCUUCGUGGAGGUGGAGGCGGAGGUGAGCACGGGCGUCUACACCGCGGCCUACCUCAACCAGCUCCGUGGCGUCACAGACGGCUUCGGGUCCACGCUGGAUGAGGGCGCUCCGAAGUUCCCCGACCCACACGCUCUCACCGACGGCUCUGGGUGGACCGCCGCCGUCGAGGGCCGGUGGCGGUACGACGAACACAUCAACGUGAAGGAGGGCAGGAUCUGCGUGGCGGGCCUGCGGCGGUUCUGCCGCGCGGCGGCCUACAGCGUGGGCUGCCGCGUGCGCUGGCGGGUCAGGCAUGUCCCGACAUAUUUGAAUGUCGCCGACGCAGGGUCUCGGAGGCACGAGGCGCCCGACCCUGAGUGGCUAAAGCAGAGAAAGAAGGAGCGGCAACCUGGAGUAUCGCGCGUCGUGGAGUUCGGAACCUUCGUCGAGCUAGAAUUUUGGAGCGUCUCGGGGUCGAGUUUGCUGUCUUCACUUCAGAAGUUGUUCGAGAAUGUCAACGCUGUGGAGUUGGUUGGAGUAUUGAAAAAUCCCAUGACCUCGGGCCUCUGGAGCUUCCCUCCAAUUGGUCGCCUUGCGGGCCUCAAAGGUGCUCAGUGGAUGCGAUUCCCUAUGUGUGCUUACGGCGCUCCGCAUCAAAAGUGGACCCUGGUGCUCGCGAACAUCCCGGAGCUGCGGGGCCUGUCGGCUCCCUGUACCCAUCGUCGUCAUGUACCUCUAGUGGGUAAAGCUCGGGCUCCUGAUGGCUCUGGGGGUCACGUCUGGCGCAAUCUCACGGCCCUGGCUGGUCAGUAUCCGUCGGCUUUGUGCUCGAGCUGGGCAUCGGUUCUGAGCGAGAUUGCACUUCUGGCAGCACGGGGGCCUGAUGUCCCCUGGGGCGGCGAGUGGCUCGCAGCUGCGCGGGCGCUGGUGCGGCUUCCUCAGCGCGCUGCUGGCAAGCCUCAUGUACCGCCGCCGACGAAGCAGCGGGCUGCGACGCGGUGUGUCGGGCCGCCGAUGCCUACCUCAGCCAGCACGGCGCCCCCUUCGGCACGGCGAGCGCCGCCGAGCGGGCGCGGCUCCGACGGCGUGGGGAGGCCCUCGACCUUCCAGUCGCCCCGCCGCUGGGUCUCGGCUAAGGCGAAGGCCAGCAGCCGACGGCGUCGUGCGGCCAGCGCCGGAGGCUCCAGAGUCGAGUACAUGCGGCAGAUGUCGGUGGCGGCCUUUACUCUGACGUUCUACCGUUCCGCCGUGGACUCGUUCGAGGAGUGGUGCCGAGAAGAAGGUAGGCAGUCUAACAGUACGCAGAGCGCUGAUGAGAAUAUGGUGCGUUGGUUUUCCGGCAUGUUCUUCGAUGGCAUGGGCCCGGGGACGGGUCGCAAUGGUUUGUUUGGCUGGGUCUUGCUGCGAGGCGAUCGUUUUCAGGAUGGUCGCCAGCUUCUGCCCCGCGCCCGCCGUCAGCUGAAGGCCUGGGGGCGGGCAGAUCCAGGCGCCAUGGGGCUACCAUGCCCGCUGGUGUUGGUGUAUGCCAUCGCUCUCGACCUGCUGAAUCGGGGCUUGGUUCGCAUGGCAGCGUGUGUCGUCUUACAGACCGACUUGUACUCCAGGCCCUCGGAGACGUUGACACUCUCGGAGGCUGACAUCCUCCACAGUCAGCCCGCGGCUGGCCGUGCCUUUGCUGGCCGCUGGGCUGUGGUGUUCGCCCCCGGCGAGUCGGGGCGGCGGACCGAGACGGGUCAGGUGGACGAUGCGGUCGACGUCGGAAUCUGCGGUCGGGAGUGGGUCCGAGAUGUGGCGUCGGCCCUCAAAGAUUCGGUUCACCCCGGCCAGCGUGUCUUCGAUUUCGACUUGCCCACCUAUGAGAGACAGUUCAAGGUAUCCCUCAAGCGCCAGAGGCUUCAGGCUGUCGGAGGAUCGCCGCAUUGGCUUCGGCGCUCAGGGCCCUCCAAUGACAGAUUCGAGGCAAAGUUAGAUUUGCAGGCGAUCCAAGAACGUGGCCGCUGGAUCAGUUUCAAGAGUGUCACGCGUUAUGAGAAGCAUGCCGAGCUGUUGAAACAACUUGAGAGGUGUGAUCCUGGCCAGAUUCGAAACGCAAAGCACGCCGAUACAGUCCUUCCUGAGCGGCUGUUGCACUCGCUUCGAGAGUUCUCGGUCUUGCGACCAGUCCCGAGGAUAUCGGGAGGUUUGGCCAAGAGAUAG